UAUACAGCACAAAAUAUCGAUAAUAUGCUAUAAGUAAAGACUUAUACAAGAAAUAAACAAAAAAAAUCACUGAACGCAUCGGACGUAUGCUGUUGCCGAGCCAGCGUCGCUUAAAUCACAAGAAAUAUACAAAGUAAUUUCUGAGGAAAUAAAGAAAAAUAAUCAAGAAGAUUUAAGCGCAGACAUGGUCAAAGAGGAUAAUCUAGCGGCAGAUGGCGCCGAUGAGGAGAUGUUGGGCACCAAUGGUGUGGAAGACAAGCUGACCGAGCGUCGGGACGAAGUCAAGUUCAUCAAGGGCGAUCAAAAGAAUGGCGAUGCCAAGAUUGACAUUGGCAACCUCAAUGGAGGCAAGCAGGCCUUCACCGGCAUGAGCAAGGAGGAGCUUAUGAAGUACGCCAACGAUCCGUUUUGGGUGCGUUUGCGCUGGAUCUUCUUUGUGGCCUUCUGGGCUAUUUGGGUCGGCAUGCUGGUGGGCGCCGUGCUUAUUAUUAUUGGCGCACCCAAGUGCGCUGCACCGCAGCCGCUGCCCUGGUACAAGCGUGGACUGCACGCCAAAUAUGGAAACAUGGAUGCUGCCAAGCCUGAAGAUGUAUUGGCUGCCAAAAAGCUGUCCGCCGCUGGCGCCAUUUAUGAGCUGCCAGCUGCACUUACUUACGACAUCAAGAAGCCGGAAGUUGAGGCACAGAUCAAGCGACUGAUUGAGCUCUACAAGCUGAGCGAUGUUAAGAUCAUACUCGAUGUGACACCCAACUUUGUGAGCAACAACUCUGAGCUGUGGAAGGAGGCUCUGGCUCAGAAGGAGAAGCGUGAUGCCUUUGUGUGGGUGAGCGGCGGUGGCAGCGAGCCACCCAAUAAUUGGAAAAAGGUGGGCGGCGACACCAGUGCUUGGGAAAAGGUGGACGGCAGUUAUGUCUUGUCACAGUUCCAACCUGGCAAUUAUGAUCUGAAGAUGAACUCGACGCUGGUGCGACGUGAAUUUGGUGGCGUGCUAAAGCAUUUGGUGGGCCUGGGCGUAGAAGGAUUCCGUUUAAAGAAUACCAAAUUCUUCUUAAUUUCGAACAAUCUGGCAGAUGAGGAGAUCUCGCAAACACCAAAGGACAUGAACUUGGUUGCCAAAGACUAUGGCUUCUAUCUACAUACGAGGACCACCUUCCAGAGCGGACUGGGCGAUGUGCUCUACGACUAUUUGGGCAUAGUAAAGAACGCGUCAGCUGAUACAUUCCUUUCGGUUGCCGAAGACUUAAUACGCCCCGAGAGCUACAUACUGAGCAAGUCCGGCGGUGCACUUGGCAUUGAUUUGCCCAUGUAUGGAGAGUUCGUCAAGACGCUCAGCUCAUCGAACACGCAAGGCAAACUGCAGCAGCAACUGCAGCAAACUUACAUGGACACGUUCAACAACAGCUGGUUGCAGUGGAACUUUGACAAUGUCUACGUGGACACUCGCUCGCAUGCAUCAUCGCUGGCGCUCUUCAUGUCGCUGCUGUCGGGUGUGCCCGUGGUGAGCGUUGACUCCAUUGAGUACAGAAACGUGAGCGAGGCAACUUAUAAGCAAAUCGAGCAGUUGCGUCUAUCGCCCUCAUUCAUGCACGGCGAAAUAAACGUCUACGAGGGUAACCAGCUCAUCGCUUAUACCAGGCAAAGAAUCAAGUCGGGCAGCCCCGGUUAUUUUGUCAUCUUUAAUCCUACGGAUGUGCCGCGUUUGGGCAACUUUACUGCGGAUCACAUGCUGCCUGACAAGAUGACUGUCUCGUACUUUAGUGAGAACUACAACUCCCAUGAGAACGUGCCGAAGGUGUCGCAGUCAAACAAGGUUAAUCUAAAAGAGCUACAGAUGGCACCCCACUCCACGCUCAUAUUGACCUAUGUGCCUGUGAAGACCGAGUAAAAGGCCACUCAGGAUGAAACGAUAACAGCACAAUAAAUUCAAAUAAUCAAAUAAAAGUUAUUAUUCAAUCGCUUACUAUGCGCUGAGAUUAAAGCCGCUUAACAAAACACAAUCAGUAGUAUUGUUAUAGCUAACAAAAAUAUUGUUAUGUUAGCUAAAUUGCUUUCAAAAUAUACUAUAAUCAUUGC